CCGAUCAUUUCCUCACAAGAUACCUCAUCCUCCAUACUAGGCGCGCACACAUCAGCAACGUGUGCAGACACACAGUCCGAGCCUGCUCCUCGAGCAUCAGAUCUGGACAUUUUCUGCUGCGACGCAUUCUCCUGGGUCAACAUGGAAGCACCUCUGCAAGCAUUCACGGAGUCUGGUCUGGCGUCGAGCAGGUCUCGCAGCUCUGGCGGCAGUUCAAAGUAUCGCGGCGGCAAAUCCAAAUUUUCAAACGUCUCUGACCGAUUGAACGCUCUAGGCGCUUCUGCUCCUCCCGCUCGCAAAAAGCGCAAAGAAGGCAGAUCCUCCAACAACGUUGCCUUUGACGAAGCGAGCAGGCACGAGUACCUCACUGGAUUUCGGAAGAGGAAACAGGAGAGAAUCGAAAAGGCCAGAGCCAAUGCGCUGAAGAGAGCUAAAGAGGAAGCAAAAGCGGCUAAAAAAGAGGCUAAAGAGGCAAAGAAGAACAAGGCAAAGGAAAAUGUAAAGUUGGAAAGGUUGGCUUUGGGCUUGGGGUCUGAAGAGGAGGAGGAGGAAGAUGAUGAGGAAGAUGAAGGGGAAGUCGAGAAGGAGAGACCGAUCGAGGUCUCUACCUACGAAACACCGGGUCAUCAAACUUCAGUCACGGUGUCAGAGUGGGAUCCGACAGCUGAUCCGGCAGAAGAAGAACUGAGACUCGCUCGGGCUAGUCAAGCAGUAUCCACCUCUUUGGCGCCGGCAAACCUCUCCGCUUCAAAGCUGCGUACGGUAGACGAGCUCCCAGCCAGUUCGCGUCGGCUAGCCAAAAAGUCGCAGUCUCUGCUCAAGAAGCAGGAAGCUGCUCGAUCGCGCAGCGGCUCGGCUCGACGGGGCAAUGGCAAGAAGGGCACCUUGACUGCUCAAGAAGCAGCAGCAGCUUCCAUCUCUGCAUUGGUAGAUGAGAGCCCUCAUCAGAAUGCUGAAGAGACUUCUUUUACCGAUCCGAUACUGGGCGGAGGAGGGUCCAAGCCGUUCUUGGCUGGUAAGCAUAGGGCCCAGCAAUCCUAUAGUACUGCAGCGGAUCGCAAAGCUCAGAAUGAGAAGUUGAAAGAGAGAAGAAAGAGACACAUGGAAGAGAGAAAGGAGAAGGAAAAGAGGAUACUGCAGAAUGGGGGCAGAGCGGCUAUUGCAUUGAGAAAGAGAGGAACAGGAAAGAUGGGCAAGGGUGGGAAAGGCAAGGAUUUGAGGAAGAAGAAAACGCUAAAGGAUUGAGAAGGGAAGAGUCCAAUCGAUUCUUUGUACACUACUGCUCUGUCAGGCAUUGCACGCUGAGGUGCCGGCAUUGGCCCUCUUAUCGUCAAAGCUUGCUUCAAGUGAUUGAUAAGAUCAUCAUCGUAUG